AUGCAAGACUCCAAUGAUCUGCAAGGCUUCCCAGUGAACCCCAAGUUUCCACCCUUGCCUCCCGCAGCCCCGGACCCUUACCUGGCCCCAGGCUUCUCGGGGCCCCAUGUCCCCACCUCGGCCCUGGGUGGCCCCGAGCUUCCAGGCCCCUGGCUUCCUCCCUGCUUCCAAGGGCCUGCGCCGGGGCCUACGGCCUUGGCCGCCCCCGUGUCUCCAGAGCCUCAGGCACUGGGGGGACCCCAGUUUCCUUCGGGCCCUGCUGCGCCCCUCCUGCCUCCAGUGCCUGCACUGGCCGGCCCAGCUCUCUCUCCCGGGCCCCAGGCCGCCUCCAAGCCCAGGCGGGGCCCCUCUCCCCAGUCCCGGGGCACCCCGCGGAAGCACCGGCAGGAGCGCACGGUUUACACCAAGGAGCAGCAGGCAAAGCUGGAGAAGGUCUUCCUCAAGACCCGGUACCCCACUUUCUACCAUCGGGAGAUACUGGCAAAGAAACUGAAAGUAGAGGAGCAUCAGAUUCAAGUGUGGUUCAAGAACCGUCGGGCGAAGCAGGCUCGGAAUGAGCAGAGAAAAGAAGAGCAGUUGUCUGACAGACAGGACGCCCCCCGCGCCCCCCCUGCGCCCUCAUACCCGGCCCCGAGCUGGGGGCCCGCCGCGGCCUGGCCUAUGCCAGCCUCUGCCAACUGGGACGGUGGGGACCCCGGAGGCCCAGGCUGCUGCCCCUACGCCCCGGUGCCCGGGCCUUUCGCCUGCCCACCCGUGGAGCCUACCUGCUCCGGCCUGGGCCAGGCACAGAGUGCUUUGGGGUACAGCUUGCUGGAGGCCCCAGCUGGAGCAGCUGCUUCAGCCAGUGCUUCUGCUGAGUUUCCAGUUCCAAUGGAGGACUUGGCCUCGGCCCCAGACCAGGCCCCUGCCCCUGCUUCUGCUCCAGCCCAGGCCCCUGAUCAGGCCCUGAACCAGGCCUCUACCCAGGCCCAGGCCCCAGCCCUAGCCCCAAACAAAGAAGUGCCUGAUGAUCUCCUUGAGGAUAUAGACAUCUUGGCCCUGAUCCAAGAGGACUUGAACUCCACCAACACUCAGCUCUUCCCAGAUCUCUUCUUCACCUAA